AUGUCUUCGUGCUUCGGAUUCCGCAAGUCCAGGUCGGACGACCGCGAGCCUCUGCUGCCCCAGUAUCGCGAUGACACGGUCAUGCAGCGGGAGCUUCAUCAGAAGCUGCAUACCUACCAGAUGAUAAGGGCCCUGGCCAAGGGGUACAUGCCGUCCAACGAGCAAGUCAUCAUCAACCUCCGCACCCUCCUCGCCUCAGACAUCCUGAACCCCGACAACCCAGACCUAAGUGAUUCUGGCCGUCAGCUCGCCAGGUAUGCGAAGCAAUGGCUGCAGAAGUUCAUCGAGCUGCUGCAGCACAAGAACAGCGAGGACCAGAUCCAAGACUUUAUCUGGUUCUUGACCAAGUCGAGGAUCAUAGUGGAUGUGGACGACAUUGCUCAGCGAGCUACGAAAGCGAAGGCUAAGGCAGACACAGCUGCUGCAUACCGCAGUUUGCAGACCGUCGGCUCCCUCCUGCUCACCAACUCAGACUUCCGAUUGUUCCUUGCGGAUGUCAAUGUCGUUGCACGUGAGGUGUUCAAGGACUCUGCAUUCACACUGUCAAAGGUGGCCGAGGAGGCGGGAAAGAAGCUUGAGCCUUCUGAAGAGGAGCAGAAGGCGCUCAAAGAACCUGGUGCUGAUUCCAAUCUUCAACCUUCAGGCGAGGAUCUUGGUAACCAGGUCGCCGAAGCGUCUCAGGUGGUGGGGAAUGGAGCGGUUGAAGUUGCAAAGACGGCCAAGGAUAGCCUGGCCGAGAAGCUUCAGGGUGACGAGAAGGAGACGCUGAUCAAUCGCUUGAAGCAAGCAGUACUCCGACUUAGGAAGCGACCCGACUACAAUGACUCAGUCUCGACACUCUCGUUGCUUAUCAAGCGCUAUGCUAUGGUCUACUCACGUGCGGUCAAGGACACCGUGGAAACAGCCGCGGAGGACAUCCAGACAAACGAAGAGACUGAUAUUGCUCUGAAGAACUUCUGGACUUUCAUCACCUCUUUUGGCGACAGGAGUGAAUGGGAAGAGCUGGAGAGGAAGCUGAAGCAGGUGCUGUCUCAUCGUGAGAAUGAUCCUGAAUUUGAGAACCUUAUGAACGAUGCAGGCAACUCGCUCCAGGCGCUGUUGACCGACCCAGACUUCUUCGACCACGCCGACGAGAAGUUCAAAGAGCUAAGGGAGAAGGCCAAGGAGGUUGGAUCCGACUCCUCCCUCCGCCAGGACAUUGAUGACUUCCUCGGUCAGGUCCAGGUCACUUUGAAAUCCGUGGCACAUGACGAGGAUAUCUCCGGUCUGCUCACAAUUUCCAGCCGGAUGCUGAACGUGUUGUCGCCCUCGGGCACCUAUGUGAACGGCGACCUCUUCGCUGAUGGCAUCAACGUGUUCGUCCCGCUGCUCGUGCAAGCAAUCCAGUACAUCCCGAUCCCACGUAUUGAAGUCUCAACCCCAGACAUUGAUCUGCUCCUGGAGAACCUUAUUAUCGAGCCCGGAAAGACCGUGAACAACAGCUCCUUCCUACCGUACAAGCUCCGCGUCGAGACAUACAAUGACCUCGAGAUCCGCAAGGCCAAGUUCCGCACUACGAGUAAGGUCACCUCCCUCGUUACCAUCAAGAUCGACGGCCUCUCCAUGCGCGCAGAAGAGAUCGGAUUCUGGCUCCGCGCGCACAGCGGCAUCCUCCGCCUCGCGGACGAGGGCAUCGCUUCCUUCGCCCUCGACGAGCGCGGCAUCGACAUCCACCUCGAUGUCGAGAUUGGCAAGGAGAAGCUCGAGAAGAUCCUCACCCUCAAAGCCGUCCGCGUCCGCGUCCACAAACUCUCCUACGACAUGCGCAAGAGCAAGUUCUCCUGGAUCAGCUGGCUCCUCAAGCCGAUCCUCCGCCCCGUCCUUCGCAAGGUCAUGGAGAAGCAGCUCGCCAACGCCAUUGCGGACGGCCUGCAUGCCGCUAACCGAGAGCUUCUCUAUGCCAGGGAGCGUCUGCGCGCGACCCGCAUCUCAGAUCCGGACGACCUGCGGACGUUCGUUAGGGCCAUCAUGGCGCGCUUGCAGCCGGAGGAGGAUCCGGAUGUGUAUACCCGUGUCGGUAUUGCGCAGCCUGGCAAAGGCGUCUUCAGGGGCGUGUAUGCGCCGGGCAGUAUCGUUAAGCUGUGGAAUGAGGAGGCGGCGCAGGCGGAGGAGCGAGUGCAAGAUUACGAGAGGGGUGGGUGGAGGAACGAUAUUUUCGAUGUGCAUACGAGGAUGAUGACUUAG